CCGAGAAGACUAAUCUUCACUCUGCUCUUGUACUGAAGGAUAUGGUUUCUUUAGGAGGGGUAUGAACCGCGGAGCAGUGCUUCUCGGCGGCCUGUGCCGGGAAACGUGUCCGCCGUGGGUGUGAGGGAGAGCGGAAUGGUCUGCCUGGACGGAACGCACUGGUCUCGCACGGCCGCUCCAGUCUCCAGUAUCCACGCGCUCCCGACUGCGCCAACCGAGCGCCGCUCGGUCCAUAGCGGUGUGAUUUGUUUCACGGACCGCCUCAAAAACAUUGGGCAUCCCACUUGUCUUUUAUCAGUUACAUAAUUGAAACUGAAUGUAUGUGUCGCUCCCGUAACCCGGACUGAUUCUCAGGCGGGGAGGCAGAGUACGUUGAAACUACACAUGCAGUGAAGAUGUGUGCUGCCAGGUUCAGUAGCAGCAGUAGCGUCAACGGCUGUGGGGGCGUUGGUGACCGGGAUGAGACCACUACUAAUGGACCCGGUACGGGCCCGGCCACCACAUCCCGCAUGCUGGACUGGUCCGAGGAGGGCACCCGCAUCCUCCACAGCCUGGAGAUUGGAACGGUCAUGACCGUGUUCUACCAGAAGAAGUCCCAGCGACCGGAGAGGAGGACCUUCCAGAUACGACAGGACACUAGACAGAUAGCGUGGAGCCGCAACCCUGACAAGAUAGAGGGAGAGAUUGAUAUCAGGGAGAUCAGGGAGCUGCGGUUGGGUAAAGCUUCCCGGGACUUUGAGCGUUAUCCAGAGGAGGCUCGUAAAUUAGACUCCGCCCACUGCUUCAUCGUGCUCUACGGACUGGAGUUCCGCCUCAAAACACUCAGCGUGGCCGCCUUCAGUGAGGAGGAGGUCAAUAUGUGGAUCACUGGACUCAACUGGCUGAUGAUGGAUACUCAGAGAGCCUCAGCACCACAACAGAUAGACAGGUGGCUGAGGAGACAAUUUGAGGUGAUGGACAGGAAUCGUGAGGGAAGUAUUACAGUAAAGGAUGUGAAGGCCCUGUUACCUCAUAUCAACUACAGAGUCCCCAACAUGCGCUUCCUCAAAGACAAGCUACAGGAAGUGGAAGCCAGGUGUGAUCUCUCCUUCCCUCACUUUGCUCAGCUCUACAGAACAUUGAUGUUCGACGCACAGAGGAGUAUCAUUGAGCAGCUGGAGCUCUCCUUCCCCCUCCGGAAUGUGGACAGACCAGAGCUGUGUCAGAUCUCUUUUUACGACUUCCAGAAGUUUCUACAGCUGGAUCAGAAGGAGUCAUGGGCGUCGGACCUGAGCCGCGUCAGAGAGUUCCUAAUGGGCUACCUGAGGGGUGGAGCACAGACCGAACCUAUGCUACAGCUAGAUGAGUUCCUGACGUUCCUGUACUCCAAGGAGAACUCAUUGUGUGACCCUCGACCUGCUGCUGUUGUCUCUGACGACAUGAAGAGACCCCUGUCUCAGUACUGGAUCUCCUCAUCACACAACACGUAUCUGACAGGUGAUCAGUUCUCCAGUGAGUCAUCUCUAGAGGCCUACGCUCGUUGCCUGAGGAUGGGCUGUCGUUGCAUAGAACUUGAUUGCUGGGAUGGGCCCGAUGACCUGCCAAUCAUCUACCAUGGCCACACUCUCACCUCCAAGAUCAAAUUUCUGGACGUGCUGCACACCAUCAAAGAGCAUGCCUUUGUCACGUCAGAGUACCCAGUGAUUCUGUCCAUAGAGGACCACUGUAGUGUGGUCCAACAAAGGAACAUGGCUACUCACUUUAAGAAGGUGUUUGGAGAUCUGCUGCUGACCAAACCAGUGGACGUGAAUGCAGAUGAGCUGCCCUCGCCCUACCAGCUACGCAGGAAGAUACUCAUCAAGCAUAAGAAACUGGUGGAGGGCUCUCUGUAUGAAGAGGUGACGUCAGCCAGCUACUCUGAGGCUGACAUCAGUAACUCCCUCAGGAAUGGCAUUCUCUACCUGGAAGACCCCAUAGACCACACAUGGACUCCCCACUACUUUGUUCUGAGCAGUAAUAAGAUCUACUACUCAGAGGAGACUUCUCACUACCAGACUGCCGAGGAAGAGGAGGAGGAGGAGGAAGAGGAGGGGGGGAGGGGGAAAGAGGAAAGAAACCUAAAUUGUAACAACAAUGAGCAGCACUGUGCAGAGCGCUGGUUCCAUGGGAAGCUGGGAGGGGGGCGGGAUGGGAGACAGGUUGCCGAGAAACUGCUGCAGGAGUACUGUGAGGGCGGGGGCAAGGAUGGGACCUUCCUGGUCCGAGAGAGUGAGACCUUCGUAGGAGACUACACUCUCUCCUUCUGGCGAUCUGGGCGUGUGCAGCACUGUAGGAUCCACUCCCGCCAGGAGUCUGGCUCCACCCGCUACUACCUGACUGACAACUUGGUGUUUGACAGCCUGUAUAGACUCAUCUGCCACUACAGAGACACACCCCUACGCUGCAACGAGUUUGAGAUGAGGCUGGGCAGCCCUGUACCACAGCCCAACGCACACGAAAGCAGAGAGUGGUUCCACUCCAGUCUGUCUCGUGUCCAGGCUGAACACAUGUUGAUGAGGGUACCCAGAGACGGGGCCUACCUGCUCCGCAAACGCAGCGACAUCAACUCCUACGCCAUCUCCUUCAGGGCGGAGGGUAAGAUCAAACACUGUCGUAUCCAGCAGGAGGGCCGUAUGUUCAUGUUGGGUAGCUCAGCAGAGUUCGAGAGUCUGGUUGACUUGGUCAGCUACUAUGAGAAACACCCCCUGUACCGCAAAAUGAGGCUGCGCUACCCCAUCAACGAAGACACACUGGACCGCAUGGGCACCACGGAGCUAGACUAUGGAGCGUUGUAUGAAGUCAGGACCCCACAUUUCUACGUCGAGGCCAACAAGAUGCCCACGGCUCGGUGUACGGUCAAGGCCCUGUAUGACUACAGAGCCCAGAGGGACGACGAGCUGUGUUUCCCCAAACAGGCCCUCAUCCUCAGCGUGGACAAGCAGGAAGGAGGCUGGUGGCGAGGUGAUUACGGAGGGAAGAAGCAGCUGUGGUUUCCUGCCAACUACGUAGACGAAGUCCCCAACUCACCCGCCCGCGAGACAGGAGACGAGGCAUCUACAGAGAGCAGUCCACUAGGAACAUUUCUCAAGGGCUUCAUUGAUGUGCCCACCUGCCACGUAGUGGUUCAGAAGGAUGGGAAGAGUUCCAGGCCAUAUGUGUUCACCGUCCACUCCCAGCAGAUGUCAAUUCACCCUGGCCAGCCACUGGACAUUGCUUCAGACACCCUGGAGGACCUGACUGGUUGGGUGGGGAAGAUCAGAGAGGCCACACAGAACGCAGAUGCACGGAUGCAGGAAGAGAAGCAGAUGGAGAGGAGGAAGAAAAUCGCACUGGAGCUCUCUGAGCUGGUGGUCUACUGUAGACCUGUCCCCUUCAACGAAGAGAAGAUCGGGACAGAGCGGGCAUGUUUCCGGGAUAUGUCAUCAUUCCCAGAGACCAAGGCAGAGAAGUUUGCCACGCGGGCAAGAGGGAAGCGUUUCCUGCAGUAUAACCGUCGCCAGCUCUCCCGGGUCUACCCCAGAGGACAGAGACUAGACUCCUCUAACUACGACCCUUUACCCAUGUGGCUCUGUGGAUCCCAGCUGGUUGCACUCAACUUCCAGACACCUGACAAGCCCAUGCAGUUGAACCAGGCUUUAUUCAUGCUGGGUGGGGGGAGUGGCUUCGUGCCCCAGCCUGACAUCAUGAGGGAUGACACCUUUGACCCCUUUGACAAGGACAUCCUCCGCCUGGAGCCAAUCACCAUCCAGCUACAGGUACUGGGAGCUCGUCACCUCCCUAAGAAUGGCCGCAGUAUAGUGUGUCCCUUUGUAGAGGUUGAGGUGUGUGGGGCCGACUACGACUGCAGCAAGAGCAAGACCGACGUUGUGGCUGACAAUGGGUUGAACCCAGUGUGGGUUCAGAGGCAGUUUGUGUUUGACGUCCAUAAUCCGUCCUUCUCCUUCCUGCGUUUCUUGGUCUAUGAGGAGGACAUGUUCUCUGACCCCAACUUCCUGGCUCAGGCCAUCUACCCUGUCCGCUCACUAAGAACAGGCUACAGGAGUGUUCCACUAAAGAACAGUUACAGUGAAGAGUUGGAGCUGGCUUCUCUGCUGGUUCACAUUGAGAUUGUCAACGCCAAGGAGGAAGAUGAUCAGAACCUGUACUCGUCCAUCCAAAGGCUGAGAGACCGCACCAGUGAGCUGUCCAGUCAGGUGUCAAUUCUGGAGAGGGCGGGGUCAGGAGGUGACCACAGCUAUCAGCAGAGUCUGGAGGAGCUGAGAGCAGCACAAGAUCAGCUCAGUGAACUAGUGGAGACACGCAACCACAGGCUGAUUGAGAAGAAGAGGAGGGAGAAGCUGAGGCAGCAGGUGGGGGCCAAGCGGAACUAAAAUGCCCAUCUGACCACCAACCAACCAGUCCCCCUCUACUGCUGCACACUGAUGAUCUUACACCCAUGGAAAGACUAUUCAAUCUACUAAUAACUGGAUUACCCCUGCUAUAUGUGUGCAUAGACUACACAGAGAUGCACAGUGUGUUGGAUAAAAAUAAACAAAAAAAACACUAAUCUCAUGGAACAAAAACCUUCAGAAAUGGAACCUAGAAUGAGAAAAGGGUUAUAAAAGAAUUCAGUGUUCUGAACAGCGAGGUCAGAUAAACUGAACUGACCUGAGAGUAGCGGUGUUCUAAUCUAUAAGGAGAAUACACAGGAUAUGUGUCCCAAAUGGCACCCAAUUCCCUAUAUAGUGCACUACCUUUGACCAGGGCCAAUAGGGGUAUGGUGCACUACUGUAGAUAGGGAAUAGGGUGCCUUUUUGGAUACACCCAUAGCCUCUAAGAGAGUAAGGUAGUGUGUCAGAGAGUCAACCAUUAGUAUAGGCGUAAUCCAGACUCAAAAUCUCUCCGUGCUAGAACUGGUCUCACAACUGAAAACUGGAAUAAUCUUAUUUUAUUGACCACAGAGGACCUAUGAGAGCGAGAAUCUACUAUCUUGGCCGUGGCACAAAAAUGGCUAAAGAGAGAAAAUGGGAACCACUACUCAUGGACUGGCUUUUAAAGGGCUUUUAAAUGGGAGUAGGACCAAGUCUAUUCCUCAAAGACUAAAGUCUACUUCUCCUAUCCUGGGGCAGCAGACUAACUAACAGCAGGGACUGGAGUCUAAUGCCCUCUAGUGGUAGGGAUGUGGUAUUGUUUCCAAAAUGGACCCCUCUUCUUUUACCUGGGAGAGCACAAACAGGACUUUUAUUACUGUGUUCAUUAGAGACUUACUAACACUGCAUGUCAUAUUGUCAUGUAUUACUUAAAGGGCUUUUCAGUAUACUAUAAUAUACUAUAAUAUAAUACACUACCUUUUAAGGAGCAAGAGGAGAAGCAGAGCAGUAGAGAGAGAGAGAGAGAGAGGGGAGGGAGGGAGGGAGGGAGAGAGAGAGAGAGGGGAGAAAGAGAGAGAGUACCAGAAAUAUAAGUAAUCUCUCACCCCAGGACUCUGUCUUGGACCUAUAGGUUUUCUUCAGGUCUGUGUUUACCUGGCUAUGCUGAUCGGAUCAGAGAAACAUGGUGUGGGUCUCAAAUGUCACCCUGUUCUCUAUAGCCCCUAAUCAAAAGUAGUGCACUGGGGAAUAGGGUGACAUUUGGGAUGCAACAAUGGCAAACAAGGGCUAUCUAUAACUUUUACCUUACUGCAACUUGUCACAUUUACAGAUCCUACCCACCAAGUUGUUGUUAAAGGAAAAAUCCACUCAAAAACUACACUGAACAAAAACAUAAAUGCAACAUGCAACAAUUUCAAAGAUUUUACUGAGUGACAGUUCAUAUAAGGAA